CUGUGGAGACUAGAGUGAUUAGUUAUAUAGUGAACGAAUACACAAAACUGGUUAGAAGAACGCACACACACCCGAAAGUGGUUAGUUAGAGUACAACUAGUUCGCAAACAUGAACGUUCUCCGCAUGCAAAGGCUAUUCAAGCCGGUUCAGGCACACACGCGCAUGUAUGCGAGCGAAGCAUUUGCACAGGUCACUGUAAGAGAUGCGCUGCGUGACGCUAUGGCCGAAGAGAUGCGAAGGGACCCCGAUGUCUUCCUGUUGGGUGAGGAAGUUGGACAGUAUAACGGAGCGUACAAGGUCACCCGAAACCUGCUGGACGAGUUUGGCCCCAAGCGUGUGAUCGACACCCCAAUUACUGAGAUGGGUUUUACAGGAAUCGCAGUGGGUGCCGCUAUGGAAGGUCUUAAGCCUAUUUGCGAAUUCAUGACGUUCAACUUUGCGAUGCAGUCGAUCGAUCAUAUUGUUAAUUCGGCUGCCAAGGGUCACUACAUGUCUGGUGGACGUCUAAGGUGUCCCAUUGUAUUCCGAGGCGCAAACGGACAGGCCUCCGGUGUAGGUGCACAGCACUCCCAAUGCUAUGCCGCCUGGUUUGGUCAUAUCCCUGGGCUGAAGGUUGUGUCACCAUACGACGCAGAGGAUUGCAGAGGACUAUUGAAGUCAGCCAUACGGGACCCUGAUCCCGUCGUAUUCUUAGAGAAUGAGCUGAUAUAUGGAGAGAGUUUCCCAGUAUCGAAAGAGUACGCCAAUGAGGACUUCACUCUUCCCAUUGGAAAGGCGCAUAUCGCUAAAGAAGGUUCUGACUGCACUAUCGUAGCCCACUCACUUCCUGUUGGCCAAGCACUAGAAGCGGCCGCUGAGCUAGAGAAGGAAGGUAUCUCAUGCGAGGUUAUCAAUCUGCGCUCUAUCCGUCCUCUGGAUAUGGAAACAGUUAUUAAUUCCGUGAAGAAGACGCACCGAAUCGUGACCGUUGAGAGCGGUUGGGCACAUUUCGGAGUUGGUGCUGAGAUCGCCGCUGGUUUGAUGGAAUCUGAAGCGUUCGAUUAUCUAGAUGCGCCAGUAUCGCGUGUGGCAUCCGUGGAUGUGCCCCUCCCAUACACAAAGACCUUGGAAGCGAAAUGCCAACCUCAGGUGUACGGCAUUGUUAACGCUGUCAAGGGAGUCUUAUACAGAAACGAUUAGCUCAUACAAAAAUGUACUUUAAUAGCAAAAUUAUAAAUUUGACCGUGGUGUAGGUGUAUAAGACGUGCACUGCAAAACACGAACACGGGUAUCGGUAUCGACUUGA